AUGAAUGCAGAUGAGCUGCGUGCGAUCCGCGACGCCUUGAACGCGCGGUGUGCGACCAAGCAGCCGUGGCCGCUUCGCAUCGCCAAGCCUGUCGUGGCGCUGCCGCCGGCCACUCUUCCUCCUCUUUCUACGACGACGAGUAUAUCGGCGCCACGGCCACCUAGCCCCGUGCGUGCGCCGCCUGUCUUUGAGCGUGUCGCCUUUUGCCUCCGCGAGACCAUCAACCAUGGGUUUGGGUUCCUCUUUGAUCGCAUUGGUAACUCGAUGGUGGUCCUGCGCGUCGUCGACGCGACCCUCUCGAUCACGCCAGGCAGCGUGCUCGUCUCGAUUAACGGCCGCGUCGUCGACCUUGAUGGGACGCAAGGGAUCAUCAUGGACGACGCUCGGUACCCGACGGACGACACGAAGCGCGAGGCCAUCCAGCUUCAAAUGAUCAACCUCUUCAAGGCCCAUGGCGUCACGGCCAAAACGACGUCGACGUGCGUUGCGACGUUCGUAUCAGCGCCCAUCUUGCUCACGCCGGCCGAGAAGCUCCAUCCCCGCAGCCGACUCCAGCGCUGGGGCCGCGUCUUCCUCAAGCUCGAGUGCGGCUACCUCAACUGGUUUACGACCGAGGAGGCUGCCAAGGCGACGAAUGUCGAGAUGCUGCAGCACUCGGUCGUGUCGCUCAUCGCCGUGCACUGCGACGUCGCAGCACAUGGGGACGUCGGCUUUGUUAUCUCGGAGCAUGCGCCGGUUGCAAUCGCGCCUACCACGAUGGACCUUGGCGAGGCGUCAUUGGAAGACGAUAGUCUGUCGGCCCCGGACGAAGACGUCGAUGACGAGGAGAACGCAAACGAGGAUCUCGCGUUCUUGGAAGCAGCGCUGCCCACGUCAAAGUAUAUUCUACCCAAGCGCAUCAUUGCCAAGGCGCCGCGGUCAGCAAUCUUUCGCGUGUCGUCGACCGCGCUGCGCGACGAGUGGCUGCGCCAGAUCCGCGCCGCGCAGAGCUUCCGCGCCGAGGACUUUAUGCCGUCUACGGAUGCAAAAGCAGACGCGACCCUGUAA